AUGAAUCCCCAGUUGGAGUCGUUCUGGAGCAACCUUAAUUCAAAGGAACAGAAGCGGAAGAUCAGACAGUGGACGACCAAGUUGGCAAUUGGACUGAAGGAAUUCAUGGAAGACCGGGCAAAAGGGGCGAUACCACUGGACAAGAAGGGAGAAUCCAAACUGGAAUGGCAUGAGUUGGAGGCCAAGAUCAAGGUCAAGGCAACCGAGUUGAUGGAGAACAACAAGAACGAGGCAGCCAAGGGCGAGGAGACUAGACCGGACCCAAGCACUUUAUCCAAGAAGGAUCUACGUCACGUGAUUGAUGCCAAGAACAACAGGAACAAGAAGCACAAGACCAAGGACAGUCACAUCAAGAAGAACAUAUACCUUGGUCCAGGAGAUCGUGACAUACCUAAGGAGGAGUUAAACAGUGCGAGCACAUGCAUACCUACUAUGCUGUACGACGACCUGACUGUUAUUUCCUUUCCUCCCUAG